AGUAAUAUAGUUGAGUUAGAAAAGAAUAGUCUAGAAGAAUCCACAAAUACAGAAGAGAUGAAUGAAAAAGCAAAGUCACACACUGAAGAUACAAAUAUGAGAAUAUUCACUCAACAAAAAAAGUUAUCAUCCAUAGUGCAAACACUUUCAUAUAAACAAGUACUACUAAAGAAUAGCAAGAAAGUAGAAUUAUAUGAAGAAAUAAGAGACAGAUAG